AUGGCUUUAGGAUGUCUGUUUGAAAUGGAUGAUGAGGGGUCCCGGGAAGCAUACAUAUUGGAAGGCCUGGCUGAGCUGCAAGACUGCAACGACUUGGUCACUCUUCAGGCCAUCCUCUACAUGAAUAUCUUUCUCCUAUACACUGCCCGGAUAAGCUCAAGUUUCUCAGCUCUCUCCUACACCUUCUCAUUGGCGCUACGUAUGAAAUAUCAUCAAAUCGCCGAGACGGAUGAUGCAUUUACCCGGGAAGACAAAAAGCACAUUUUCUGGACGACACGUCACCUUUUGGCUUGCGUCUCUAUUACGGGUGGUCUACCUAUGCCUAUUGGGUGCGAUGAACUUGAUCUUGAGUAUCCAAGUGUUGAGUGCGGGGGUAGAAUACGUUCCACCGAGAUGCAUACCGACAGCCCACAUAAUGUGGUACAAUGGAACCCAACUAUUGCCAGCGUUGCAUGUUUCCGACUACAUAACAUCCUAGGUCAUAUAACUAAGCGACUCUACCCACUAAAAGGCGUGAAGAAAACCAACAGCCAAGGGCCACUGCGCCAUCUAGUGAGUAAAGAGACCGUCCGGGAAUUAGAAAGCGAGCUUCGGUCCUGGCUAGCUUCACUUCCUCCAAGCCUCCGCCUCGGUCAAGAGAAACACCCACUACACAUUGAACGCGCACAAUACGAGCUAUGCAUGUCGUACGCACAUGCUCAGAUCUAUCUGUACCGGCCUUUCCUGCACUACCUAGUCACUUCACCUACCGGCGAAAUCAGAUCAGCAGAUGGUUUCCCCGCGUAUGCUUCCGCCUGUGUAGAUGCCAGUCGCAACAUCAUUCGGCUUGCGCAGGACAUGUAUCACAGGGGGCUUUUUCGCGGCGUACAUUGGGAUAUUUCGAAUAUGAUACUGGCCUCAUCCCUAACAAUGCUUUACAUAAUCUUAGCGAGAAAGGGUUCAUCAGUUGAGGAAAUAGCCCUAGCAGAGCUGCGUACUGCUCGCGAUUUGAUGACUCUUUUGGAGCCAUACACAACGCUCGCAAAGAGGACGAGCAUUGCAGUCAAGCUUUUGACGACGGCAAUUCUUCCUACCGGAACAAGCGACCUCUCUUCACAAAAUGUUGUACCUAGUCCGUCUGCACAGGUGUCUGACUCGUAUACCGCCACUCUGGCUGAGGAAACGUUUGGUUUUGUACCGAGGACCGGCGUGUCGGAGCACCAGGGGAUGGCACCAGUCGGAAGACAAAGUAGCUCAGUGCCAGUUCCGGCAGCGACUGAGAUAUCGGCAGGUAGCCUCUCACAGAGACCUGUUCUAACUGCAACUGCUAGUACAGGCGGAGACACCUGUCAAGACUCUCCAGUGCUCACGGCAGCUCAAAGUUUGAGUACAUCUGCUCCCUUUCCGAUGCUCUCGGGCAUGUACAAUACACCGUUCGUUAGUGGUGGUAUUACGGAGCACAAUACCCUCCAAUCUACAUUCGUACAAGAUUACGGGAUUGGUGGGGAUGACUAUGGAUAUAUGGUUGACGGCACUGGGCCGAUCGACUUUAGUGAUAUGAUCGGUGAUCUGUUCGCUUCAGAGGGCUUGCUGUAA